CAUGGCUCGUUUCAGGAAUAAGAAGAGGAAGCCAUUUGUCAAGCAAAUUGCGAAGAAGCAACCAACAGUAGACCAUGUUACAGGAGACAAGAUUCCAAGGAGCUUCGUGUUCGCAAGGGGGAAGCUUCCUGGGCCUCUCAGACGCUUGCAAAUGGACUUGAGGAAGUUGAUGAAUCCUUAUACUGCUCUCAAGCUCAAGGAAAAGAAACGAAACAAUCUCAAUGAUUUCUGGAAAGUUGCUGGGCAAAUGGGUGUCACACAUUACCUCAUGUUGUCAAAAACUGACUCUGCACCAUACUUGAGAGUUGCUCACGCUCCUCAUGGUCCAACUUUAUCGUUCAAAAUACAUGAGUACUCGUUGGCUGCUGACGUUGCUCAAUCUCAACUCCGUCCAAGAUGCCCUCCGGAUCUUUUUAAAACCCCACCAUUGAUUGUGCUAUCGGGUUUUGGGACUGGGGAGCAGCAUCUAAAGCUCACUACAAUAAUGUUCCAGAACAUUUUUCCUGCCAUUGACAUAAAUACAGUCAAACUGCCUUCAUGCCAAAGGAUUGUGUUACUUAAUUACAACAAAGAAACAAAGCUUAUUGAUCUUCGGCAUUACUCCAUCAGAUUACAGCCAGUGGGUGUUUCUCGCCGGAUCAGGAAAUUUGUGCAAAACCAUCAAGUGCCUGACCUAAGAAGUCUUCAAGAUGUUAGCGACUUUGUGACGAAGGCUGGUUACGGUUCUGAAAGUGAACCAGAUGAUGAGGCGGCAACUGUAAGUCUGUCAUCUGAUAUUGGAAGAGUUAAUCGAGCUUCUACAAAAAGUGCUGUCAAACUUCAAGAGAUUGGACCUAGGAUGACUCUUCAACUCGUCAAGAUUGAAGAGGGCCUAUGUACUGGUCGAGUCAUUUUCAGUGAAUACGGAAAUACAAGCGCUAAAAAACUGGGAAAUGAAGAAGAGGAUGAACAAGAAAGUGAGGAGAUGGAUACAGAUGGGCAGGAAAAUGAAGAUGAGGAAGAGCAAGAAAUUGAAGAAGAGUUAGAAGAGGAUUAGCUCUUUAAAUGUAUUUUCUGAUUCAAAAUGAUGAGCAUUUGACCUCCCCCCCCCC